AUGUAUGAGCUUAACGAAGAGGAUGGGAAUGAAAAUUUCAAGAAAGAUUCAGUGAGAAUCUUAUGUGAGGAACUAGCAAGUGAAGUUGAAAGAGAAGUUCGACAAGAAGAAGUCAGAGAUGUCGAACUAGUCAAUGCAGCUGAAGCAUUUAAGGAUUCGAAGUGGAUGAAAGCAAUGAAUGAGGAACUCAAGGCCAUCAAAGACAACAACACUUGGUCACUUGUCGAAUUGCCUCAAGGCAAGAAUGAAAUCGAUGUGAAGUGGGUAUACAAGGUGAAGUUGAAUCCAAAAGGGGGAGUAACUCGACACAGGGCUAGACUUAUGGGGAAAGGAUUUCUUCAUAAAGAAGGAAUCGACUUCGAUGAAUUUUUUUCACCUGUUGUUAGGAUCAAAAUAAUCAGGUUGGUUAUUAGUUUAGCAAACAUGAACAAUUGGCACGUGAGUCAUGUGGAUGUGAAAUGUGCAUUCUAG